AUGGAUGGAAUCCUCGAAGUGUUGAGCCAAAAACUAACGGAUAAGAAGAAGCAUGGCGAGUGUUUUGAGCGUUAUUCCCAGUUAAAAACCGACCAAGAACGCGUAAUAUUCACCCUAAAUUUGCUGAUAGACUACAAUAUAACUUUUCCGAUAAAAAGUGAAGUGAAAAACUUGUUCCAAUCCCGUGAAUUUAACACCAAAGCGACUAAAUCGCUGAUAAACAACCCCUUGAAUUGCGACUUUGACGUAAUAAUCGAAUUAUACACAAAAAGCAUAGCGUACGCACCUGGGUCAUAUGAGUUGUCUCUGGCGUACGCCAACAGAUCGGCGACACUGUUCAAGGCGCAUUUAUAUGAAGACUGCCUUCGCGAUUGUGAGCGCGCCUUGAAGUUAAACUACCCGGAUAAGUGGAAGGCAAAGUUAUUCGCGCGAAAAGCGCGAUGCCUGAGUUACCUAGUGGGCCCUGAUGGAAGCUCGGACCCAAAAGUAGCGGAAACUUUGGAGCAGGUGCGCUUGUGGCUGCCCAAGAUGGACGGAAAGGACUCGGGAGUGAAGUUGGUCGAAAAAACCCUCAACAGCUUGCAUUUGAUGAGCCAAAGUGAGGCAGCGUUCAUCAAACUUGAGGACGAGCGCCAUUUGCCGAGCAUCAGUGCUGAUAAUGAAGAGAUCUGCGGAGCUACAUCCGCGGUAGCUGUGGAAUUUUCUGAGCAGUAUGGAAAAUAUGUUCGGGCAACUCGAGACAUCAAAGUCGGAGAAGUUUUGGCUGUCAACGAAGGUUAUGCGACUGUUUUGAUGCUCGAUAAGAUUUACACGCACUGUACCUAUUGCUUGAAGCAGACCUGGUCCGCCAUUCCGUGCAAUUUUUGCGUCUACGCGGUGUUUUGUAGCGAAGAGUGUCGGAGAGACGCUUGGGAAGGAUACCACCAGGUGGAGUGUCGAAUUACGGGUCCGAUUGUGGCUAUGGAGAUGAACCACAUGGCACUUAUGGCUCUUAGGUUGCUGGUCUCUGCUGUGAAGCAAGCUGGAGACCUUCAAGCUCUGAAAGAUUUGCUGAUAAGAAUUGAUUUCUUAGCUGAUAUUAGGAAGAAUGGGUUCACAGACGGUAAGCUAGAUGGCAGCAAGUAUUCUAGUGUCUACACCCUAGCGAGGAAUACUGAACGAAGGUCGGUGCCCGAUUUAUUUGGCAGGUCGCUCAAUGCAGUCUUCAUUACAUAUUUACUGGCGACGGAGAGUUCCAUCCUGGGGGAACAAUUGAAAGGCGGCUUGCCGGAGGUUUUGAGUCAUCCAUGGGCCACUUUUGUUGGCGGAUUGGUCAUGAGACACCUCCAAAUUAUUCCUAGCAAUGUUCACAGUGUGACUGAAGAUAACUUAGAUCAAUUACCAAUCGACAGAGCAGCUGCUCUCAUGCCAUUUUACAGUCUUUUCAAUCAUAGCUGCAAUCCGAUGGUCGACAGACGAUCUUUUGGCAAAAAAAUAGCUAUGAUUGCUAUAAGUCCGAUUAAAAAAGGCGAGCAGAUUUUUGACAACUACGGCCAACAUUAUGCGAUAACUUUGAAGGCGAAAAGAAGACAGAAAUUGUUACAGCAGUACCAUUUCACGUGUUCCUGUCAGGCUUGUACCGAAAGUUGGCCUCUCUACGGCAGCUACAAAUCUUAUAAGGAUCAAGAGCUAUCAAAGACAGUAAAAAAAGAAAUUUCAAACGCGUUAACGAAAUUGGAUCAAUAUUACGCCCUAGCGACUAGGGGAGAUGUCGAAGAUAAGCCAGAAAUGAUUGAGAAUUUGGGUAAGAUGUUGAAAAUUCUCUACAAACACGUUAAUCUACCCUGCACAGAGGUUAAUAACGUCGUAGAAAUUUGGAAAAAAGUGUACUCAUUGCUUGGUAAUCGCUUGCAGUCGCUAAAUAGUGAUACCAUCACUACUAUUAUCAAUAUUUAA